AUGGCAGCUCAGAGUCGACAAAAGUUAUAUGCGGACCGGAAGAUUCGGAAUUUAGAUUUUAUUGAGGUUGAGCAGGUUUUUCUGAAGAUUUAUGAGGUUUGGAAGAGAGGAAAUUUGAGCUCGAGGUACAUUGAUCCAUUUGAGAUUCUCCGUCGUGUUGGUAAUGUUACUUAUGAGUUAGCCUUGCCACCUGUGUUCAUCCGGUUUUCCAUGUUUCUAUCUUUGAAGAGGUACCAUUCAGACGGGUCUUAUAUUGUUCGUUGGGAUUCUGUGUUGCUUGAUAAGAAUCUGUCUUACGAGGAGGAGCUUAUUGCGAUCUUAGAUAGGCAGGUUAGAAAGUUGAGGUCUAAGAAGAUAUCAUCUGUUAAGGUGCAAUGGUAG